CGAAAAGAAAGGGCGAAAGUGGUUUCGGGGAUGAGUGAAGACCCUUAGUAUGAUGAAAUUAUAAUGUAUGUGUUCUUGCGGGAAUACAUGGUAUUUUCUUUCCCUUUGUAGAAAAUCAAUUUUGCAUUCAGAAUCCGAAUAUUUGCGGACUAGAAGCAGGAUGUCAACCAGUGGGAGACGAUGGUUAUGUGUGUCUCUGCUACGACACUUUACCAGCUGGUGUGAACAACAGUUGCGACAGGAGCAAAGAUUCUACUCCUGUGAGUUCUGCGAGUUACUCAACUACUGAUUUGCUAAGUGAGGGUUCCUUCGGUUCUCAUCAAUUGAAAGAUAUGCUGAAGCCACAAGGAGGCAAUGAGUUGUGGUUGAGACUUGUGCUGGCCUCCUCUUUCGUGGUCUUUUCCCUUCUCAUUGGAGCGGGGAUUUUCUUGUGGAGAAGGCGGAGACGAAGAAGGAAUUCUUUAAGAAAAUCUAUGCAACAAUACAUCACCAAUCCUAAUUACUAUUCCACGUGCAUUAAAAACAUUGAGAUAUCACCAGAGAACGUAACACUUGUAGAAGAAAUCGGCGAGGGAUUUUUCAGCAAAGUAUACAAAGGUCUCUAUAACACAGGAUCUGGAGAAACUGUGGCGGUUGCGGUGAAAACGCUGAAAGAGGGUCACGAAGCAGAUUUCGACCAAGAAGUGAGCAUCAUGUCAACAUUCAACCACCAGAACAUCCUACAGUUGAUGGGAGUCGUCAUCAAAGAGAGUUACACAUCACCAUGGAUGGUAUUUGAAUUUAUGCAAUACGGUGAUUUGGCACAACUUUUACGAAGCAGCUGUAGAACAAAUCCUCAACCAGCGAUCGAAUUAAAUCAGGUGGAUCUCAUGUCUCUGUCUGAGCAGAUAGCGAGCGGUAUGUGCUACUUGUCCUCCCAACACUUCAUACACAGAGACUUGGCGACACGAAAUUGUCUUGUUGGAGAUCAGCUGAUAGUCAAAAUAUCUGAUUUCGGCCUCUCCCGGGAUAUUUACACAUCAGACUACUACAGGGUAGGAGGUUCUAGAAUGUUGCCAGUGAGGUGGAUGUCUCCGGAAAGUAUUACGUAUGGAAAAUUCUCUCUCCAAUCAGAUGUCUGGUCUUUCGGUGUCGUUCUUUGGGAAAUCUUCACUUAUGCCAAACAACCCUACUAUGGGCACUCAAAUGACGAGGUAGUGAAGUUGAUCUUGCAAGGAAUACUACUGUCUCCUCCCGAAAACUGUCCUCCAUCUGUGUGCCGGGUAAUGGCCGGAUGCUGGAAAACUGAUCCACGGGAUCGUCUCAUAUUCCCACAAAUUCUGGAUAUGCUCUCUGAAUGACGUCACCCUUCUCUAUUUUAUUUCAUUCUUAAUAUUUUUUUUAUUAUUCUCGUUGGUUACUUUGAGAUUUCUAUUUCUUCACAUUAUUUCAUUGACAACGUCAGAAUAAAGAUUUCAUUUUCAUUUUAGAAUUGAGAAAGUAUUGUUCUUGGUAAAUGUUAAAAGCUGAUAAUUCUUUUUAUGUAAGUUAAAAGCUAACUUUCGUUUUCUGUUAUAACUGCCGAGUUGUCAUGGCAACGUUUUUAUUAGUCUUUUCGUAGAACAAGAAAUAAUCGUCUGAAAAUUAUUAUGUAAAUAAAAGGUUGUUCUUUUUUUA